CACCCCAUCGUCUCCGGCAGGCGGCAGCACACCACAUUGGGCAUCACCAAGAACUAGGCAGAAGCUAGCAGCAGCACAAUCGCUUUGCUGCAGAGCAGACACCGCACCGCUUACAAUGGGUCUUUGCGUGUCGUACGACGCGGCAGCCGACGGCGUGGCCACCGCGAGGGUGGUGCUGCCCAGCGGCGAGCUCCGGGAGUACUCUCAUCCGGCCACGGCAGCUAUGGCGCUGGAAGAGGUCGGCCAUGGAAAGCAGGGGUGGUUCCUCUGCGACGCCGACGCGAUGGGCUUCGAGGGCUCCGUCGCGGCAGUGGCCGGAGGCGAGGAGCUCCGGCCGGGGCAGAUCUACUUCGUGCUCCCGGGCGAGAUGCUGCGCCGCCGCCUCACCCUCGAAGAGGUGUCGGCGCUGGCGGUCAAAGCCAGCGCCGCGCUCGUUAAGGCCGCCACCGCCUCGUCUGGCGCCGGCCGGCGCCGGCGAGGAUCCGUGGCGCCGCUCGUGUUCGAGCCAUCCGAGGAGGAUUACUCGGACGAUGCGGUGAUGACUUCCAUCGCGGCGAAGCCGGUAGUGGCCCGGAAGCGGGUGGUCGCGUACCGGGCCGGGAGAUCGCCGCCGAGGUUCUCUCCCGACUUGACCGCCAUCCCGGAAAGCGAGUAGACGUGCCGCGCCGGCAUCGCGGUACAGCCAGAGCAAACCAUCGUCUCGCGUUCCACGUUACUGCUGUCGUUGGAGUUGGAUCCGAUGCCGGACAGACGCGGGAAAUGCUUCAUAGUUAGUUUCUCAUAAUUUAGCUGUCAGAAACAUGGCCGGGAAAUUGUACAUAUAUGUCCUAUGUCAGUGUAAAUAUUCAGGCAAGAAGACGCCCUUUAGAUAUGUCACUAUGUUGCCGAUGUUAGUGGAAAUACUCAGCCAAGAAGAUGCCGUGUACAUAUUCCUGCAUUCCA